CUCAUACAUGGCGUAAAAUUCUGUUUACAAUUAUGAUGUGACCGUUUGGUAAAAAUAUCUGUUUAGUAUCGUUAUGAUAGUAUCGAAAAAUAGAUAUCGAUAUAAAACUAUCGCAUCUAGUCGAAGUCUCCAAUUCGUGGUUUGUUGUUCUCUAUAACGUGCUGGCGAAUAUAAAUAAAACAAUAAUUGUAAAUAAACAUCUUAAUACAUAGACUUUGUGUUCUCCGGCGACUCACUGUAACUAUCCAAAUCCUCUGCAGAAUCAUGAGUAUGAGCGACGACGACAGAGACAUUGAUAUCGAGAGUGACGAUGAUGGGGACUCGGAUAAUGGUUUGGGCUCGUCGCGACACACCAGUACAGCAAACUUUACCCAAGCGGAGAAGCGCGCGCAUCACAAUGCCUUGGAGCGACGGCGGCGGGAUCACAUCAAGGAGAGCUUUACGAAUCUCAGGGAGGCGGUGCCCACGCUCAAGGGCGAGAAGGCAAGCCGAGCCCAGAUAUUAAAGAAAACCACGGAAUGCAUACAAACGAUGCGGCGAAAGAUCAGUGAAAACCAAAAGGACAUUGAGGAGAUCAGGAAACAAAACAGCAUACUAGAUCAACAAAUUCGAGCCCUGGAGAGUCCGAAUGCCGGCGAUCACUUCGCUGAGUUCCUCAGUGAAGAUGAAGUGGGCAGCGAAGAUAUUGAGGACGAUGAUCUUGACCAGCCCGACUUUAGCAGACGCAACAAGAAAAUGAAGACCUUCCAUGCCUAGCUUUUGUUUGCCCAGGACACGCACAGGAAUGUUCCGGUUUUCAUUUUCACUGAUUCUGUGGAUAUUUUAUCAAUUCCAUCUAGGUUUUGUUCAUUUUUCUAGGGUUGUGUUAACCAAAAGCAAUAGCCUUUAAUGUUGUGAAGAAAUCAGUUCUAAAUUCAAUUAAGGAAGAAACAACUCUGUGGAAAUGAAAGCUGCAACAAUCCCUUUAAUCAUAAUCAUCAUUAGUUGUAAGACCAAAGUGUAGCCCACCCCCUCUAUACCUUAAUUCGUAUGCGUGUGUCUUUUGUACUUAGAACAAAUCAGCACUCUCUCUACGAAAAUAAUAAAAGU